UUUCACUCUCACUCACCCCUCACCCUCACCCUCACCCCACCCCCUCCCUCCACUUCCUCUUAUAGAACUGUUUUCUGGAAUAAGUACAUAGCCGGGUCAGUCAUAUGUUCCCCAUAAUCUUCAGUUGUAUAUUGAUAGGGCAAUUCAAUCUGCACGUAAGAGAAGGGAUGCAGCAGACUAACUUCACAAUUGUCUUCCCCCACUGUGAUAAGCCAACCCAUAGAUUCCAUACAUUGUUUUCUGCUGGCUUUCUAAAUCCUCUUGUUCAAAAUCGUGCCAUUAAAGAGGCUGAAGAAUCUUCGAAGGAAAUUUUCCUCAUUAUCCUCUUUCUCCGCUAACAUAAGCCAUGAAACUCUAGGUAGGUCACUGUUAAAAUUGUUCUUGAUGGUUGCAGAGGGCCAAGAUUUGCAGAUAGUGCCGAAAUUGAAGUAGUCUUCUAUCAUAUUCAAAUGCCUAGCAAUGAGAGCAAGCAAAUCAUGCUGAAGUUUCGCCCAAUUAAUUUCCUCCAUUGCUAACAAAAAUUGCUACAUUCGAAUCCUAAAUAGACUCAAAAUAGGAAUCUUAGAACAUCUUAUGUUUAAGGGAAGUCUGGUUUUUAUUUGUAGAGUUUGGGUAAAAACCCAUUAGAAUCCAAAAUUUGAAGCAAAUUAAUUUUAUUUCGGUGACUGUGAGAGUGAAAGGGGAGAUGUCGUUGGGUGUUCAAUUCGGAUCGGGUUGGGAGGUAUGGGUCAAAUAGUGAAUUUUAAAUUAGAAUGGAUUAAUUAUUUUGAAAGUAAAAUAAAUAAACAUGGAUAAACGGCUAGGAUCGCUACAUGUGGCAGGCCGUUAGUGGGAAGGGUAUAUAUGUACCAAAUUAUUGACGGCAGGGGUAUAUUUGUACCCAAAGUAUGACGGAGGAUACAUACCAUUUAUUAAAGUUCAGGGAUAUAUUUAUACCUUUUUCAUUUUUAAAAUGAUAAGGGAUAUUUGGUAAUACCGUAUCUUAAGUUUGAGAUUUGUGUAAUUUUACCAAAUAUCAAUACCAACUCAAGGCUAUUUUUGAACUUCACCCGUUAAAAACUCCUAGCCCACUUAAUCAAUUACCAGCCCCCAGCCCAAUCCCUCAGCGGCCCAAACAAAACAGCCCUAAAGUAUUUUUCGAUUGGAGACCAGAGUUUUCGAGUUCACAAGUAUUUUCCGAUUGGAGAAAAUGGGGAGCUCAGUGGAUGCAGUAGGGAAUCCGAUCCCAACAUCGGCGGUGUUAAUGUCGGCGUCGAAGCACAUAGAUAUUAGAUGCCGGAGCGAGAAUGUAGCUUUUCUCAAAUGCAAAAAAGAUGAUCCUAACCCUGAAAAAUGUCUCCAAAAAGGUCAACAAGUCACUCGCUGUGUCCUUAGCUUGUUGAAGGAUCUCCAUCAGAGGUGUAACAAAGAGAUGGAUGCUUAUGCUGGAUGCAUGUACUACAACACAAAUGAGUUUGAGAUGUGUCGUAAUGAGCAGAAGGACUUCGAAAAAGCCUGUCCUUAUUGACUGGCUGUGAAUGAUGCUUUUCAUUUAAUGAAAUAAGAACUUGAAUGCAUUUGGGAACGUUGAAGAGCAUAUUGUUAGCACCUUUCAUCAAUAUGUUUGUGUUUGGAACCCUAUCACAGGGCAGUUGUCAAUUUUAAGUUCUUAAAUUUGUCAUCGACAUAAAUCAUGAAGCUGAAAAUCGUACAUGACUUGUUCUCAUCAGAGCAUAAAUUAGAAUUUGGAAUUUGGUUCA